UUGUCAUACAUCAGUGCUGUAAAAUUGUGUACAUUUAAGUAACAGCUGACGUUCGAUAAAAUUUGCGGCUUUUUUGUAAGUGUGAUUAAAAUAUUCUAUUUUUACGCCGAGUUCAAAGUUCAUCAAGAAAGAUGUCUAUGAAAUUAUUAUCAACUGUUAAGUCUUUCGGAGGAGAGCAACGUGUCUACUCGCAUGUCUCAGAUGUUUUGGGAUGUGAAAUGAAAUUUGGCGUAUAUGUCCCACAGGCGGUAAUUGAGGACAACAAAAAAUGUCCCGUGCUAUAUUUUCUUAGUGGUCUGACAUGCACACAUGAAAAUUUCAUACAAAAAGCCGGCAUGCAACAAUAUGCCUCCAAAUAUGAUCUGAUUGUUGUUAAUCCUGAUACAUCACCACGAAACAUUGAAAUAGCUGGUCAAGAUGAUUCUUAUGAUUUUGGUUCCGGCGCUAGUUUCUAUGUUGAUGCCACGGAAAAACCCUGGUCAAAACACUACAAAAUGUUUACUUAUGUUACAAAAGAACUUGUUGAUUUGAUCGAUGAGAAUUUACCAACUUCCCCAAAUAAAAGAGGUAUAUUUGGACAUAGCAUGGGUGGUCAUGGUGCUCUUAUAUGUGCACUCAAGAAUCCUGGCCUAUAUCAAUCGGUAUCAGCGUUUGCUCCUAUUUCAAAUCCAACAGAAUGUCCUUGGGGUAAAAAAGCUCUUGGUGGUUAUUUGGGCGAAAAUGCAAAUGAAUGGAAGGAAUGGGAUGCUACUGAAUUGAUAAAGAAUUAUACUGGCGUUCCCAUGCAAAUUUUCGUCGACCAAGGUACUGCUGAUAAUUUUCUUAAAGAAGGACAAUUAUUGCCGCAAAAUUUACUGCAAGCUGCAGGUAUAUGUGAUCACAUAUCUUUAAUUUACAAAGAACGAGAUGGUUAUGAUCAUGGCUACUUCUAUAUAAACACUUUUAUUGGAGAACAUUUAGAAUAUCACUCCAAAUUGUUAGAAGGUUAAAUGAAUUUUGCUUUAAUUUCUAAUGUUUUACGAUUUUUAAAAUUCUUUGUACAUGCA